CCCAUCACCGAAUUUGUCCGUGUGCAUCGCUGGUUUCGGUGAAACUGGGCUGGUAAAGCGGACGCAGCAGGUCAGGAUGGCAGAAAUGCUGCUCUAUCUCGCCAACUCCACUAUUACCGUGACGGACAGCAUGGACACUGAAAAGGGCUCCAGCAAAGGGAAGGAUUUUGAAUGUGUCGAGCUAGGAGAGCUGGCAGAUAAGGAGCAGUCCAAAGAGAAGACUCCACGCAGGGUCAUUCACUUCUCCAGCGGGGAAACAAUGGAGGAGUACAGCACAGAGGAGGAGGACGACUCGGAGAAACAUCCAGAGAAAAAAGACCUUUUGUCUUCAGUAGACACAUCUAAGCUGACGUGGGGUCCAUAUGUCUGGUUUCAGAUGUGGAGGGCAGCUACAUCCACUGUUUCAGCUUGUGACUACCUGGGUGAAAGGAUGGCGUCACUGUUCGGAAUAACUUCUGCCAAAUAUCAGUAUGCCAUCGAUGAGUUUGACAGGAUGAAGAAGGAAAAGGAUAAGGAGGUUGAGGAGUCCCAUCUCUCCGAGGAGGCUGAGAGUCAUUUUGAGGAGCAGCAAAGUGAAGAGAAGCCAAAGAUAAACCAGCCUGAAGCUGCUUCCACUCAGGACAUCAGCACCACUGAGGCCUCUUCUAUACCUAAUACAGUCAGUGUUCAUGUUAACCCAGUGAGCGCUUAAACACUAUCAGACACCUCAUCUUCUCACUGUGGUUUUACUUUAGCACUGCAUAGGAUAGUUAACAUGACUCUGUCUUGGAUAAAGGGUGCUACUCUCUCUUAACGUCUCUUUCAUUCUGGUUGUGGUAACGUGCUGAUCCUCACCUGAUGGUAAAUUGAAUUACACUAAAAUGACUAAAGAAAAGUAGCCGAGGGCCGUAACCUCACCUUGGGCCAAAAAAACAAGCUUUUUUAUUGUUAUUUUUUUAACAUUCCCUUAAGUGAAUUUUCUGAGGCACUCUUUCAACUCUUGGAAAAAAUAAAGGUACCAAAAGGCUUCUUUACCUCCACAUAAUGUAAAGGUUCUAUGCUGUUGAAAGGUUUUCCUAGAGAUAUACAUCCAAGAACCAUUUCGGAACCUUCAUUUAAGCAGUGUAAUGCAAAAGUUUUGGCAUUUCUGUUCAAAUUACAUGUUAAUUACACUGUUGAUUUUGUAAGUAAAAAUAAGUUAACAUCUUAUUAAGUGAUACUUUUUUUUUGAUCCCACAACCAG